AUGCCGGCGUUUUCCACCGACCAGGUGGUUGGCUUGGUCUUCAUAACGGCUGGUGGAUUCCUGUCUAUAACCGCUGUGUCUUCGCUUCUCCUGUACGUUCUUUACCUGGGUUUACGCCACCAAUGGUCCAUCUCCACCCUCAUCCAUUACUACUUCGUGAACUUGAUGUUUGCGGAGCUCAUUCAGGCGUUGGGAGGCGUCAUGACUGUCGAAUGGAUUGUUAGACGGAGCGUAGAAGAAGGCGCCCUUUGUACGAUGCAAGGGGCUUUCAAGCAGCUCGGGGAUGUCUUCGUUCUUGACAGAUCCAUCGCCAUAGCCAUCCAUACAUUCGCCGCCAUCGUCUUCAAGAUCAUUACACCCCGCAGCCUUGCUGUCGCCACCAUGGGCUUCAUCUGGGUCUUCUCCAUUCUCGUGGUGGCCGUACCCGCAGGACUGAAUGCCGGGCGGUAUUACGGGAACACGGGAUACUGGUGCUGGAUCCAACAAGACUUCGACCACCUGCGCAUCCCGCUAGAAUACAUGUGGAUGUGGGCGGCAGCGUUUAUCAGUAUUAUCUGCUACGCGUGCGUGGCGUUCGUCCUACGAGGCCACGAUCUGGGUAUGGCGAAGUUUGCGCAAGGGAGGCGAUUCAGCAUGUCCACGAUGGACCGCGGCAGCCAGCGGAAAGCCAAGAACUUGGCCAUGCAGAUGCUCUUUUAUCCUGUAAUAUAUUUCAUCACUGUAUUCCCUAUCGCUGUUGUACGCUGGAUGGCAUUCUCGGGCUACGACAUCCCGUUCGAGGCCACGGCUUUUGCAGAUACGCUAUUCGCGCUAUCGGGGCUAUUCAAUGUCCUCCUCUACGCCUGGACGCGACGAUCCAUCAUCACCGGGAACAAGCCGACUACGGUCAGCGGCUCGCGGUCGGGCUCGACCUCUUACCACAUGCAUCAUACGUCGAUGGCUGCUGAUUUGCGCUCGCCGACGACUGUGCAUUUCAAGGAUAUGGCUUAUCCCCCGAAUUUGGUCACGCCUGCCGUGCCGAAUGAUAUCCUUGACUCGCGCGAUGCCCCCCAAGUCAAGGUCGUCUCGUACCCAGGGCAUUUCUGGGAGGAUACCCCACCAAGCAUGAAGCAAGCGGAGCUGGACUCGCAAUGGCGUCGAGAAUAG